AUGCAGGAACCGCACCACCGGAAGAUCGAGCUGCAGUCGACCGCAGACCUCUCCUACCUCUACACAAACACGCUCACAGUCGCCCGCGAAAAGCUCGACCUCCACUUCCCUCCCUCUGCCAACGAUGACUCGGAUCCCAUGAAGGAGCGAGUGCGCAGUCUAGUCGAUGGCUUCAUAAACAAGACCUUCACAUCCGCUAUACCCUCCAUAAGCAUAAACGGAAUCGAUACAACAGACUCGUCCUCGAAACAAAAAGGACCCAGCAAAGAUGAGCAGCCCAUCAAUCUCGAGUCGCUUCUGACAACCCGGGAAUCAAUUGAGUACGAACCAUUUGACACCGAGCUCGCGGCCAGACUUACGUCUCUCUACGCACAGCUGGAAUCACUCACCACAACAGUAGCGCAGAUGAGACGGGAUGCGCCGCUAAAGGCAGCAAAAGCGUAUGAGGAGGCGCUGAACAAUGCCCUUUCACAUGACGAUGAGGAAGACGAAGAAGGAGGAUAUAUGGAUGAAGAUUAUGAGGCGGAUGAUGUGCCGGUAGAUGCUGAUAUGGACGAACAACACCGACAAGAAGCAGAGAGGAAGAGAGAUAUCGAGAGGAUACAAAGGAUGCUCCAGAAACAUCCUGAAUGGCUUUUACAGGCACCCCUGGGAACGGAGCAGGUUCAAGAGCGAUGGCGGGACGGGGAGAUAAGUGAUGUCUAUGCUCGAUCGUUAGAGACACUUUUUAAAUUGCAAGGAGAGGGAAGCGGGAUUGGAUAUGGGGAUGAAGACGAGGAAGAUGGGGGAGGAAGCAGCGCCAUGGGUGGUACAAAUGCCGGUGCGCCGUUGGCUACAACGGUGGGCAAGGCGGAGAGAGCACGGCUUGCUACCGGGGUUGUUGAGAAGAUGUAA